AUGAUACCUAAUCAAUUAUAAUUCUUUCUUGAUCCAACUAGUUGCUAAUAAAGAAAUGAUCCUAAAGAAUACUUUUUCAGUAUUGUAGCAAGUAGUUUACUAAAGGAAACUAAAUAUUAUGAAACAUCAAAUGAGUCCAGAGAUAAAUUAAUUACAACAAUGAAUAUAAUAGCAGAUAUUGAUCCUGAAUUUAUUUUAUAAGUUGCUUACUAUGUUAGGACUCAAAUGUAUAUCAGAAGUGUAAGUAAUUUUAUCCUUGCAUUUUCUACUCUUCAUCCAAAAACAAAACCAUUUUGCUCAACAUAUAUGUGUCCUACUAUUUUAAUACCUGGUGACCUAAUCGAAGUGUGUUAAUUUGUACAAAUAAUUUCCAUUUGUAUUAAAUCAAAUAACAUUUUGGAUGAAUAGAUAGAUAUUAGAAAGAAAAUAUAUUUCCCAAAAAUAUUGUAAAAGCAGAUCCGAAAGAAGCUUACUCAAUUCAAUAUUUACCAACUUGGUAAACAAUGCUCAGAUUGUAAUAGAAAGAAGAAUAUUAAGAAAUAUUACGAAAUAUUGAAUCCAGAUAUUAAAAAUAAAAGAAGAGAGAAAAGAUUGUUGUUAUUAAAAUAAAUUAGAGAAUAAUCAUAAUAAUAUGGAAAAGAUGCAUCAUAACAAUUUGAAAUCAAAGCUAUCAGAAAAACUUAUUAAAUUAGAUAAAAUAGAAGGAAUCAUAUGAAGAAUCCUCAUUUUGACAACAUUUAGGAAUAGUAAACAGUUUUUGAUACAAACUUCUUAAAUUUGAAAGACAUUAUUUAAUUUAGUCAUGUCAAAGAACCUAGAAGUCUGGUAAUGUCAAUUUUAGGAGUUAAAUAUCCAAAAACUUAAGAAGAAUUUUAAAAAGAAUUUAAAGGAGAAGAAAAAUUGUAAUUUGAACCUGAAAAAGCAGGUUAAAGAAUGUAAAUUCCAAUUCCAAUCACAUGGGAUAGAGAAUUAAGUAAAGGAUUAAAUUCAAAGAGACGUAUCUGGGAAAGUUUAAUUCAAAAAAAUUAAAUUCCUUAUUUAGCUUUGUUGAGAAAUUUAAGAAACUUAUUGAAAUCAGGUCUGAGUCAUGAAGCACAUUAGAAAGUAAUUGAGAAAUUAUCAAAUCAAAAAUAAGUUGAAAAUUCAAAGAUAUUCCCACUUUAAUUUUUCACUGCUUUAAAUGAAAUUGAAAAAUUUUAAAUCUAUAAAGUAAAAAACUAAAAACACAAAAUAGAAAAGAAAAUGUAAAUUGAAGUAGAAGAAGAAAAAGUACCUUUAAAUGAAAAAAUAAAAUCAUUAUAUAAAGAUGCUAUUGAAAAAGCGAUGAUAUUAGCUGUUAAUAAAAAUUUAGAUACAAUUUCUGGAGUUACUUAUGUAUUUGUUGAUGUAAGUGGAUCAAUGUAAAGUCCAAUUAGUGGUGGUAAAAAGUAUGGGUCAAUUAAUUCAUGCAUGGAUUGUGCUUUUGUUUUGGCAAAUUUAAUAAGAAUUAAAUGUGAAAGCUGCAAAAUUUAUUUGUUUGCAGCUCCUAAAGUAACAAUUCACCCAUACUCAAGAGUUAAUUUUCAAUAAGAUACUUUAUUAUAAAGUAUUAUAAGGUGUCAAUAAAGAUGUUCAUAGUUAUGUGGAUCUUGUGAAAUGAUUGGAUAAACCAUUAAUGAUGUAUUAUUAUAGUAAGGAAUUAAAGCUGAUAAUAUAGUGAUAUUAAGUGACAUGAUGGUAACAAGGGGAUUUUAAGAAAAUGGAAUAACAAUGGACUAAGUCAUCAAGGAUUAUUUAAAAAAAGUGAAUUCAGAGGCUAAAUUCUUUUUUAUGGAUAUAUCUGGUUAUGGAUAGUAAGUUAGUUUUGGUGAUGAUCUCAAAAGUAAAAAUUGUUUCCUUAUUAAUGGAAUGAGUGAUAAUGUUCUAAAAUACAUUUCUUAUGCAGGCAAAAUAAAUCAACUUGAUGAUAUUGUGGCAUAUAGUCAAGAGUUGAAAUCCAGAUAGCAUGUUCAUGAAGUGUAGGAAAAUAUUGAGAUAGCCAAACCUGAGUAAAUAUAAGCUAAAUGA